GUGGUUGGUUGGCUAGCUAAUCUGGGUCCCCGGCUGUCAUAGUUCAUGAGAGCGGUGACAGCUGAAAAUACUGUUUUACUCCUAGCUUUGAGAAGAAUAAAAUCGCCACGAUGUUUGAGGAGGCAAGUGAAGUGUUUGAUAACAUGUUUAAAUCCUCUUUUCCCCUCACCUUCAUUGUGUUUAUCCCCGCGGUGCUGAUCCUGGUGUCACCGCUCCCGGCCGAGGCUGCACAUGAGUUCACGGUGUAUCGCAUGCAGCAGUACGACCUGCAGGGGCAGCCCUACGGUACCAGGAAUGCCAUCCUGAACACGGAGGCCCGUACUGUGGAGGCAGAAGUACUAAGUCGCCGUUGUGUUAUCAUGCGGCUCGCAGAUUUCUCCUAUGAAGAGUACCAGAAAGCUUUGCGGCAGUCAGCUGGUGCUGUUGUUAUCAUCCUACCCAAGAACAUGUCUGCUGUGCCCCAAGACAUUGUACAGCAGUUCAUGGAGCUUGAGCCAGAGAUGUUAGCUACUGAGACCAUCGUCCCCGUUUACUUUGCCAUGGAGGACGAUGAGCUGCUGUCCAUCUACACUCAGACCUUGACUUCCUCCUCCUCACAGGGCUCCUUAUCAGCAGCUGAAGUGCUGCUGCAUACAGCCACAGCCAACGGCUUCCAGAUGGUGACCAGUGGAGCUCAGAGUAAAGCCAUCAGUGACUGGGCCAUCACCAGUUUAGAGGGUCGCCUGGCUGGAGUCGGAGGAGAGGACUUGCCUACUAUUGUCGUGGUCGCUCAUUAUGACUCCUUUGGUGUUGCUCCGUGGCUGUCGUACGGGGCAGACUCAAAUGGUAGUGGUGUGUCGAUGUUACUAGAGCUGGCUCGUCUCUUCUCUAAACUUUACACCUACAAGAGGACGCAUGCUGGGUACAACCUACUUUUCUUUGUAUCUGGAGGAGGAAAGUUUAACUACCAGGGCACCAAACGUUGGCUGGAAGACAACCUGGACCACACAGACUCCAGUUUGCUACAGGACAAUGUAGCCUUCGUGUUAUGUCUAGACACUCUGGGAAAUGGUGACUCCCUGCACCUCCAUGUGUCCAAGCCCCCGAAAGAAGGAACCCCUCAAUACUCUCUGCUCAAGGAGCUAGAGAUGGUGGUCUCCAGUCAGUACCCAGAGGUCAAGUUCUCCAUGGUGCACAAGAAAAUCAACUUGGCAGAUGACAUGCUGGCCUGGGAGCAUGAGCGCUUCGGGAUCCGUCGGCUACCGGCCUUCACGUUGUCCCACCUGCAGUCCCACCGCCUGGCUCAGCGCUCCAGCAUCAUGGACGUGCGGUCAGUGUCCCCCUCCUCUCGCCACGGAGCGGGAGAGCCCCCUGCUGGGCCUCACGUCGAUGUGAAGAAACUCAGCAGGAACACCAAAGUGGUCGCAGAAGCUCUGGCACGGGUCAUAUACAACCUCACUGAAAAGGGGGCUCCUGGAGACCUGCAGAUCUUUACAGAACAGAUGCAGGUUCAGGAGGAGCAGAUGUCAGCAGUGGUGGACUGGCUCACAGCACAGCCCAGAGCAGCUCAGCUGGUGGACAAAGACAGCAGCGUGGUGUCCACUCUCGAGUAUCACCUCGGACAUUACCUCAAAGACGUCAAGAGACACUAUGUCAAAGCAGACAAAAGGGAUCCUGAGUUUGUUUUCUAUGACCAACUGAAGCAGACGAUGAAUGCUUACAGGGUGAAGCCGGCUAUUUUUGACUUGCUGCUGGCGGUCUGCAUUGCAGCAUACUUGGGGAUGAUGUAUCUGGCUAUCCAGAACUUCGGGGUCCUGUACAGUGUUGUCCGCAGAAUCACCCAGCCCAAAGCAAAGGCCCAUUAAGGUGCACAACACCUUUUAUUUUUCCAGGUCUCACCCUUUUCCUCAAGUUGAUAAACUUAAGCCUGUAAGAACAUGAGCGCUGGGACGAGCUGCUGUUGUCAUGACGGUUUUCAAACCAGCAGAAUCACUUCCACAUCCUUCAUCCUGAUCCACAAACUAUGAUGUCAGAUCCUGUCCUGCUGCCAACUUGACCCGGUUGGUCUGAUAGACCAGAAUAAUCAGGAAUCCAUUCUCACCCUCUUCUUUGCUCUUUAUCAGCAGAUUUCUCUUCAUUCAUUUAAAAUGACCCCUUACUUUGGAAACAUUUAUUUGACUCCAUGUGAUGGAUGUAAGGAAUUUGUCAACAUCUUCGAGAUCUGUUUGAGUUCCUGAUGUUUCUGAUCCUCCUCUAGUCAUGCUAGAUGAGUUGUCCAUCUGCCAAAGUGACAUCAUGACUUUUCACAGGCAGCUACAGGGAGAGACUGACCACACAGAGUUUAGACCACAGAUAUGCCCCCUCCCUUUCUAGUACAGGAUGGGUUUAUAUUUAUCAGGUCUGUCUUAAUACUCCAACCACAUUCUUAUGAAAGCCUUGAAAUAUGUUGAGCUUAUAGUGUACUGUACUGAUGGUGGAGAGGUAUCCAAAACUAGAAUUUUCAUUGUGGGUUCCUUCUUUUCACCCUGUUUAUCAAAAGAUGAAGAGGGAACUAAAAGAUGCUUUCGUUGCCAUCUUUGGAGCCAAAUUUUAGCUUUCAUUUGGCACAAAUGUAAUAAUAACACUUCUUUAUAACAGUAUCACUAUGAACACAGUCAUCAUUUUCAUUCAUUUUUUGUGGUCUAUUUUAUAGCUAUUAUUUUGUUAACAAGUUUAAUAAAUAUAGCAAAAAUGUCAUUGCAAGGAAAGUUCCAGAACUAAUUGUUUAGUAGAAUUAAAUCACUUUAAUUCAUUCUCAAUUUACAAGAUUUAGCCAGGAUUAUUGAUUGUUAAAAUACCUAGCCAUUAAUUUUCUUUCAUUGUCAGAGACGUAGAGCCAUUUUUUAAAUUUAUUUCUGCAAGAUAGAGGGUGUCUCAGACCCUUUAUGGAGAGGAAGUUAUCAUAGGCCACCAACGUCCAUAUGUGGGUAGUGUGUUAAGGAAGACUUCGAAAAUAUGAACUCAUCCCUUAAAUGUGCAGUACAAAUGACUCCUUUAACAUAAAGUUUACUAAUAAGAGGAGUUGUCAGAAUAAAAUGUGAAGUAGUGUUUAGAUGACCCUUAUACUAUUGCCUUGGUAGUGAUUUUAUGAAAGGAAAUAUUCAAAUAAAUGGAGAAAUUCUUGCCAAAUUACUCUGAGUCCUCAACAGAUGUACCGUAAAACUUCAGAUAUUAGCCUGCCUUAAUUUAAGGCCCAGUCCUUUUUAAUAGCCUGGUGUUGUUGCAAGGAGAUAGUUUGUGGAGCUAAAAUAAGGAGGUGAAACUGAACCUCACCAUCGGCCCAAGAAAGACAGAUUAAUGAUAGUUUGUGUACCAGUGAAGGAUAGAUGAUUAAAGAUCAGCUGGAGAUUCAUACAUAUGAUAUAAAUGUUGUUAUACUAGCAGGGUCUUUCCCUCUCUCCCCCACAGUGCAGCAUGUUUACAAAGAUGGGCUGUUUGACAAAGCAAGGUCAACAGAUUUUUAACGUGUUUAUCCUUAUACAGAGUGAAAUAUUCAUUCUAGGGUAAAUUCACAAUUUCAAGUGUUUCCAGGGCUUUCCACAGACAUAUGGCGUUGUCAGCAUGUGAGAAGAAGUAGCCAGCAAGGAGGUCUGCAGGCACGUGUGCUCCCCACACUCACACUCUCAGGGGCGGGGUUGACACAGAUGGAUAAGCAUCUUUCUCGUGAACAUAGUGGUUAUAGCAGAGUCAUGAUUUCAAAAUGUACAGAGGAAGUGAGUUGCUGCUUGUUUCAGUAAAGAAAAAAAAUAACCUGCUAUGGUUGGUGCAUUUCCAUUAGGGAUGGGCAAUUACUCAAAAGUUGGAUUCAGUUGUAGUAUGCUCUACUGCAACUUUCAAAUCCCAGAAGGUGCAAUAUUUCUAUAACUCAAAAUUGUAUUUAAAAAUGCCAGUUUUAAUUCAUUUUUUAAGGCAGAGGUAUAAUGCUUUAUGAACCAUACAGCUAUUUAACUGUCAAUUAUUCCAGAAUAAUUAGCAAAAAAAUUCCUAUUUCCUUCUAUUUCUAUAUUUUUGUCAAAUUAAAAAUUAAAAGACAUAAAAAAUAUUAAUCCCUUCUAUACAACAGUUCUGAUGAGUCAAAAAAAUCAAAUUUUUUUCAAAAAUGUUCAGCCUUAGUUUAACAUACCAAAUAUUGUUUUUGUUAUACAAUAAUUUAUUGCUUGUUUUUUGAGAAAUGCCUAACAUGAGGAACUUAAAAAAAUAACAGCAACCAGAAUGUUGGAGAAAAUAUUGCAAUUUGAUACUUUUCCCAAAUUAUUUGGCCCUAAUUUCUAUAUGUGGUACUGGCUUGACUCAGCUUGACUUUUCUUUGUUUUGAGCCAAACAUUUGUUUUCCCAUUGAAUUAUACUUUGAGAGAGCUUCCUGGACGUUUGUGGGUUCGUUACAGCGUGGCUGUGUAAAACUACCCUGACGUCCAACGCAACAAUGGAGGACACUGAGGUGAUAGGGUGUCUUGUUCUCAACCUUUGGCUGUUUGUCACAGCAAGGAGACUAGUUCUGUUCCAGAGACGGUUACAGGUGAGGGAUAAAAUAUCUCUGAAAAGUACAGCAGAGUUUGGGAAGCUAUACAGCAGCAUAAAGCUGACAAGGAGAGGGGUCGAUUCGAACUCGUUGCACUCCUAGUGACUGUAAUCUGACUGCUCAGUGGUGUAAGAGGCAGUGUCUUGGCGUCACAUUCGAGCAUUACUUCAGUGUGCAUGGAUCCUUGCCAGAGGUGAUACCAAGAAAAAACCUAUCAGGUACCAGGUACCCCAGUAGAGUGGGUUGAGUACAGUCUAGCUGGUACCACAUGGGAAAGCAUUCUAAGUGGCUAGUCAGGUGUUUGUGGAAAGCCCUGCUUUAUAGUCUUUGUUGUGUACAAGAUAAUUGAAGACCUGUCUUGUGCUGACGCCCGUCCAGUAUAAAGGCGGGGUCAUUUUAUCAGCUGAAAUAAAUAGAGCCAGGCUAUUAUUUAAAGUUUUAAGGUACAUAUAGUAAUAGAAGUUAAAACAAAUCCAACCCUUGUUUCUUUUCAGAUUUUUUGUCACUUUUUCUGUCACCUUUGAUUGUUUCCUGUUGCCUUUGUGUCUUAUUUUAUAAAUCCUCAAACAUUAUACCGUUAAGGUAAUCUGAAAGCUCAUGUUAGUAAAGGUUUCAUGCAGCAAACAUGUUUAUCCUGCCUAAUCAAAAGUCCACGUGUGUAGGAGUGCUAAGACAACACAUGGAGAUGAACUCUGCCUGUGUUUUAUCAGUGAAGACAUGUUGAGCUGAAAUUGACCUUUAGCUGAAUCUAAAUCUGUGUUAAGAUAUUGGUUGAAUCAGCAUUGCAGUAUUUCCACACUGGGUGUCUUAAAUGGACAAUAACACAAAGAAGUUAUCGGGGAGAAUAUCUUAACCCUGUGGUUAUUAAAGAUAUUUGUGCUUUUAAAUAAAUACUGCAGUGUUGACUCAAAUUUAUCUAUGCUCUUGCCUUGCUGUGUGAAUGUUUGCCUUUUUUGUAUUUUUCUGUUAUUCUGCAUGAUCUCCCCCAUCGCCAUCAUAAAAACAGGAUUUUCCUCAUUCACCUAUAAGAGAGAAAUACUGUGUGGUACAUUAUAAUUUAUUGAAGCAGUUUUACAUUUGUGCACUGAAAUGAACUCUCCUCUGGUAUGUUUCACCUCAUUCACAACAAUCUUUGCAAUGAUAAUGAUAUCAGUUGUGAUUAACAAGAUAAAAUUAAAGGAAAAAC